UUGGUCACAGACGGAUGUCGGCUUUUCGAACGAGGAAAAUUCUCGGUCUCUCUUUCUCGCAAGUUCCAAGUUCCCAAGCACCGAAAGUUCGAGGAAUAUUUUGAGGAUUUCCAACACGGUAAAAAUGGAGUCGAAGAGCUCUAAAAGCGUCUUCUUAAACGAGGCAUUCGCGGACGAUUUGAACGAUGCUUCGACUGUGAAAUCGACUUCGGGCGUGAACGAGGAAAAGGGCGGAGGCCCGGCGCAGCCUCCGACAUCCGGUUGGAACAACAGCAUCGAGUUCCUCAUGUCCUGCGUCGCCAUGUCCGUGGGGUUUGGCAAUAUUUGGAGAUUUCCUUUCACCGCUUACGAGAACGGGGGCGGAGCUUUUCUCGUACCCUACAUCAUCCUCUUGAUUCUCGUUGGAAAGCCCUUCUACUAUUUGGAAAUGAUCGUCGGGCAAUUCUCCGGGAGAACGUCCAUUAAGGUGUGGAACAUUUGCCCUGGAUUCGCAGGACUCGGCUGGGGCCAAAUGUGCUCUACGAUCGCCGUCGCAACUUAUUACUCGAGUUUAAUGGCCCUGAAUCUCUACUACCUCAUUAAUUCCUUCACCGCCGAGUUGCCGUGGUCGCGUUGCGAUCCGGAGUGGACGGAGGAUUGCGUGGACUCGAGUAGCCACGAGGGUCGAAGCGGAGAUGAGACUUUUAUGAUAAAUGUGAGCGCAACCGACCCCAAAACGAGAUGGACGUCGGCAGAGCUCUAUUUUUCGAAAGUCGUUCUCAAAGAGAAAGAAAACAUCGACGACGGCGUUGGGACGCCCGACUGGAAACUCUCGCUCUGUCUUUUGGGCAGUUGGGUCUGCGUUUGCCUCGUUUUGUCACGAGGCAUCAAGAGCACCGGAAAAGCUUCGUACUUCUUGGCCAUUUUCCCGUACGUCAUUCUCCUCUCCCUUCUCGGCCACUCGGUCACACUCGAGGGUGCAGUGAACGGAAUCGUUUUUUUCAUCACACCGGUCUGGAGCAAGCUGCUCAAUCCCAGCGUUUGGUAUGCGGCCGUGACGCAAUGCUUUUUCUCGCUGAACGUUUGCUUCGGCGCUAUCGUCACGUACUCGUCCCACAAUGACUUCAGGCACAACAUUUAUCGGGACGUUUUGAUCGUAACGACGCUUGAUACGUUAACGAGCAUCAUAGCGGGAUGCACGAUAUUUGGAAUAUUGGGAAAUCUCGCACACGAGAUGGGAACCGAUGACAUAAGCUCGGUAGUUCGUGCUGGUACGGGUUUGGCCUUUGUUUCGUAUCCAGAUGCGAUUGCGAAAUUCCGAAUGUUGCCUCAACUCUUCGCUGUACUUUUUUUCCUCAUGAUGUUCGUACUCGGUGUUGGAUGCGCAGUUGGGCAAAACGGAAGCAUAAUAAGUGGCAUCGCUGAACAAUUUCCGCACUUGAAAUACCGGCAAGUUAUGUACCCGGCGUGCAUACUCGGUUUCCUCAUCGCCCUCGUCUACGUAACUCCGGGUGGCCAAUUUAUCUUGACUCUCGUCGAUUAUUACUGCAGUUCAUUCGUCGCUUUUGUGCUCGCUUGUUUCGAAAUGGUUGGAUUCAUAUGGGUUUACGGUUUCGAGAACUUCCUCGAUGAUGUUGAAUUCAUGUUGAGGAGGAAGCCCUCAUUCUAUUGGAGGUUCACGUGGCUCGUUGCAACCCCAUUGAUUAUGAUUGUCAUAUUUUUCUACACUGUCUUGACUUUGUCGCCUUUGAUGUAUGGAAAUUCGUCCUAUCCCUGGUCAGCUCACACAGCGGGCAUUAUUUUCCUCAUAUUCGGAGCAGGCCAAAUUCCAGUAUGGAUUUUAUACGCUCUUUUGAAGAAUCGCCAAUAUCCGUUUGUUCAACAGUGGAAAAAAGCAUUUUCACCUUCGGAGGAAUGGGGACCCCGGUUAGCAAUCCAUCGUCAGGAGUGGCUGAUAUUCAAAGAGGAAAAAAUGAAAAUUAGAAAUUCGCGGACUCAAUCUAAAUGGGUUCAAAAUCUUUAUAUUCUAUUUGGUCUGGAACCAAAAACAUAAGAGACUUUACCGCUCGAGUAUCUUUUCAAAAGCAUUUUGUACUGCCAACAUUUUUUGAGAAACUUACCAAAUUAACAGUGUUUGGUUUCUUAACGAAUGCUCUUGAUUGGUGAUUAAUUUCGUUUUUGUAUUGGAUUAAAUUGUUGACAAUUUAUCCACUUUCGAGGUUCUUGAUUCUUUCUAUGAAAGAACAUGAAUUAUUUAAUCGAGUGUGACCAAACCGUUACUGUAGCAAAAAUCAUGUAAUGGUUUAUUGAAGUAUUAUUUUUCUGUACUUAGUUAUUGUUAAAUUUAUAACAUUGCAGUAUUUUGAUAAUUUCACAUGGUUCUGGUUGUUCAGAAUACAAAACUGAAAGAGUACAAAUAUAAUAACAUUGAUGACACA